AUGGAUAAGAAGAAGAAGCUGAAGCACACGGUGAACAAAGCAAAAGAGGAGGAAUCUACCAUGGAGAAGACGAUGAAUCAGAAGAGCAAGAGCAUUCUCGAGAUCCUCCCUCUUGAGCUGAUUCAUAGAAUUCUACUGCGAGUACCGAUCAGACAUCUCGCUCGCCUCAGGUGCGUUUCCAAGCUGUGGUACUUUCUAAUUUCCGAUCCUGACUUUGCGGAAUUGCAUUUUUACCAUUCUCCCAUUGCCACCAACGCAUGCGUCUUCAUAAAAAACGACACUAUAGCUUACUUCGUUUACUUAGACGACAAUGAUGCAUCACAAAAAGAGAUGUCUCCCCCUUUCAAGAAGAAACCGCCUUCUCAUUUUGCGGUUUUGGGAUCCUGCAGAGGCUUUAUUCUCUUACAUCGUCACCCACAUUUUCUUGUGGUAUGGAACCCACUCACUGGAUUCGGCAAAAGAAUAUCUUAUUUUCAUAUUGUUCGUCGUUGUAAAUACCAUAGCUUUAGGCUUCCCUACAGUGCGCUUCUACAUGGAUUUGGUUACGAUGCAUCACAGGAUGAUUACUUAUUUGUUGUAGCUUGGAGCGAUUGGGAAAGACGAUAUCAUUUGGAUUGCUUGUCUUUGAGAACCAAUUCAUGGAUUAAUCUUGAUGCUGCAGUCUCCGAACCCUUGGGUGAUCUUGACAGCUAUUCUUAUGGGUUGUUCUUGAAUGGUGCUAUUCAUUGGGUGCCUUUGCGUUUUAAAGCUUACAGGGAUGCUAUUCUUAUCUUUGAUCUAAAGGAGAAGACUUUCUCAAGGAUAUCUGGGCCGGAACAACCUGUAGUGAGUGCAUACUCCUAUUCAAGUCUCGCCCUACUAGGAGGCUGCCUAGCUUUGUAUUAUCGCAAUUAUGAUAGCUGUAACACUCACAUAUGGGUGAUGAAAGAAUAUAAAGUGCAUUCAUCUUGGACUCUCUAUCAGAUCCCUUGUAAAGACUUUCAGCCAUUAUGCUUAUCCAAUAAUGGUGAUAUUAUUGGAAGAGGUUAUAUUUCUAAUGAUAAAGUAGGAUACGUUAUAUAUAAUGUCAGAGGAGACCUUCUUAAGCAUUUUAAAAAUCUUUGUCGUCCCAUCCGUGGAGUGGAUGUUGUGUAUACUGAGAGUCUCUUGCCACUCCCUAGCGACAUUAAGACAAGGACAAGAAGAAUAAGAGGAAGAAAACUCUAA